AUGGAAUCAAUCAAAGCUGUCUUCUUCAAGCCCGACCCAGCAGCGCAGAUGCGGAAGUGUAACGGCCUCAUACGAGCCAACACCCGUAAAUUGGAUCGUGACAUACUUCAGCUCAAGCAGCUAGACCAGAAGACCCGCCAAUACAUCCUCCAAGCCUCGAAACGAGGCCAGAGAAACCCCUCCCAAGCCAAACAGGCAGCCCUGGAGACCCGCACAUUUGCGAAAGAGAUGAUUAGGAUACGGAAGCAGAGCAAUCGGCUUGCUACGAGUAAGGCGCAGCUACAGAGUGUGCAUAUGCAAGUGAAUGAGGCGUUCUCGGUCCGCAAGAUUGAGGGAAGCAUUAAGGCUUCUACGGGGAUAAUGAAAGAUGUGAAUUCUUUGGUGCGACUACCAGAGCUUACAGGAACGAUGAGGGAGCUGUCGCAGGAGCUGAUGAAGGCGGGGAUCAUUGAGGAGAUGGUGGGGGAUAGUCUCCCGGAUGAUGACCUGCUGGAGGGUGAAGAUGAGGAAGCGGAGGCUGAGGUGGAUAAGGUGCUUGGGGAGAUACUACAGGGUAAAAUGGGCGCGGCUAAGGUGGACCAGAAGCCUGUGGAAGAGGAGCCAGCCGAAGAAGAAGACUUGGAAGACCAGGAGGCUACGCUGGAGCAGAUGCGGGGGAGGUUGGAGGCCUUGAAGAGCUGA